CCUCCACAUGAAAUGGCUAACCAAAAGCAUCCGACCUGCCGAAAGUUAACAAACGACGGCGGCACCCAACGCAUCCACAACGCUUCUAGCUGACUCUUUUAGGGGCCCUUUUACGGAAUAUUUAGGGAGGGGGGCAACCGAAACCAUGUACAGCUAUGGCCUCGAACCGCCCACUUACCAAGUCACCUCCCAUCGCGGGCAGCACGGGUCCACUCGUUCUCUGGCCUCCGAGUCGACGCCCUUGACCUUACGGCACCAGAGGCGUCGCUCGUUGCUGCGCCACCGUCACUCCCACCAUCACCAGUCGACACAUCACCGACGAGAGUGGCCGCAUGAUGAUAGGGCACCGGCAUCGUCGGGCGCGGCGGUACAGCCAGGAAGACACUCACUCGACGUGACGCGAUCGGAGUUGGGAUCCCGAUACCUGAAUUUCAGUCCGCACACGGGUGGAAGGAACAACAAGCCUUCGUUUGGAAUCGGGAGCUCGAAGCGAAAGGGGAACGAGAGUACGCUUCUCAGCCCUCCCGGUCAUAUCGCCAUGUCUCGCAACUCGGAGGAGGCACUACGGGUCGAGAAGGACAAGGCUGCCGCGCGGAUUACAGGCCUGGGCAAGUCCCUAGCCGACCUCAGCACGUUUUCCAACCACACGACGAGACGACUGGACGAGGCACACUACGCAGCACUCGAGAAGACGAGCGUGCUCCAAAGCACCAUCACGGCGAUGAAAGACCUGGCCAUCCUAUCCCGGGCCCUCCAGAACGACUUUGAGAAGGAGUCGGGCGAGAUGGUGCACGAGGUGCAGGGCCAGCUGGAAGCACUCGGGGGGUUCGAGGAGCAGGAGAAGAGGAUCUUGGAGCUCCAGGACCGGAUCCAGGCCGGGCGGACCAAGAUCCACGGGCUCAGCGAGCGGGUGGACGUGGUGCGGCGCAGGGUCGAGGGUUGGGAGAAGGCGGACCUGGAGUGGCGGCAGAGAACGCGCAAGAGGCUCCGGAACGUGUGGAUCGUCAUAUCCGUCGUGGUUGCGGCGAUCGUCUUGCUUCUUGUCGGGGCGAGAUACGUACCUCCCGGGAUGGAGAUGCCGGGUUUGGGUGUGCAGGAUGCGGCGCUGGGCGAGUACGUCGGCGAGGGGAACCAGUCACGCCUACUUGAUCUUGAUGGGAUUGAUGGGCAUGUCGAAGAGAGACCUGGAUUGCCAUUGUGGAAGGAGAGGGGAGCAGAGGGUGAAGAUAGACUGCGCUUCUUGGAUGAACUAUGAGGGUGAUCCCAUUUCCUGCAACGAUCGGUGCGGGCGACGUCUUUCAUGCCGAGGAGGGAAUGUGGACGGAUAGCUUAGGUACAUAGCGCUGAUACCCCCUUGUUUGAACUAAGGUACUGUGUUUAUUUGCAGUGCUCGGGAUCCGGCUUAGUGCAGGUCUUCGUGUAAGCGGGCAAGGAGCCUUCGCGAUACUCUCUACGACAUCCAUGUUACUUGGGGUUCUU